AUGGAUCCCAAUGAGUUGGAAUUUGUGGCCGAGAGUGAACUUGUUACAAUCGUACCGAGGUUUCGUAUGGAAUCUGUUGAUCUUAUGGAAGUUCGAAUUGGGCCUUUUUAUCCGAACAUACCUGCCGAUGUUCCUUUUUGGACUGCUCUUUAUUUGCGCCAACAACAGAAGUGUCGCGUAGUUCCUCCUAAUUGGUUGUCAGUUGCGCGAUUGUCGGAGUUUAAGGAGGCCGAGGAGUUGAAUACGGGUUGUACUACACCUCCUCAUCCACACUAUGCGGAACUGGCUACUUUGCUACUUCAGCAUGCAGUGGAAGAUAUACCUAAUCAUGAGCAAAUUCGGACGUUAGUGAAGGACUUGUGGGAUGCUCGCGUAGGUAAAUUUGUUGCGUCAGCAAAUAGUUUUGUCCUCAGCAGUGCUUCCACAGCUCGAGUUUCACAGCUGACGCCUCUGGAGCUGGCCACGGCCCGCAAUCUCCUUACUAACUGCCUUGAUCAGCUAGCUGUCCUACGUGCUGCAAGGCAACGAAUUGCGGGCGUUUCAGAUCUCUCGCAGAGCAGGAUAAAACCCUGGAUGACUCAUGCUAUCUUUGAAAGAGAAGGAAUUCUUGUUGAUUGCCCAAUUCCUGAUCCAUGUGAGGAUUCGGUGAUCCUUAAAAGAUUCGAUCGCCAUAUUCCUCGCACUCUCUCAACUUAUUUCAGUCCCAGUCAAAUGGAUAAAACAUGCGAGUUUCUCGUCCAGGGGAUCUCAGCACCUUUUGAUAGGGUCACAUUUGAUAGCGUGUAUCAUAAAACACUAAGGGCGGAAUCCUGGCACACAUCGGAUGUCCAAACUGGUGUGUUAGAUCUCUUAUCAACUCUUCGAGAGAAUAACAUUCCGAUGGCGGUGGUUUCGCACUAUACUUCAGCUGACGCUCUUGUGCACGUUACAAAAUAUAGCAAUUUAAUGGAGUAUUUUGAAGCGAAGAUCUUUAGAGACGAUCCCGAGGCAAGUUUGUUGAAAGGCGAUCUUACACCACUGAGCCGUAGCCCAGUGCUGGUGGCGUGCGAGCGGUUCGUGGAGCCCGCGGUGCCCGGGCGCAAUGUCAUUGCCUUUGCCAAAAGUGAGGCUUUCGCUACUGACGCUUUGCGCGCUGGCCUCUUCGUUGCAUGGCUGGCGGACCCGAAGAGCCACGCUUGCAAUCUCUCUUUUCCUGAGCGGCUACGGGUGGUCUUCGUAUCGAAGAUAGAGGACUUCCAUUCUAUUGUUCGAGGUUCGCCUUCUUUAAUAAAGUAA